GUAAACAUGUUGGAGUUAUCGAACAUCUACUGUAAAACUAACUUUUUUCAGGAAGUUUUACAGAUGUUGGAUUUACAUGACAGUCGCAAAACUGUUACAUUACCGUCUAACCACCACCUCCCAUUCAAAUGGCAUUUAGCGACUAAAUUAUUAGCAAUUACCACUAAUCGCCCUUCCGCGGAUAUUCAAAACCCUAGAUCGCACAAAUCCCCCAUCGUUUGGUGGUGGUCUUUCCGACCGUGUCUCCUCGGUCGGUAAUCCUCUCCAUUGAUGUCAUAAAGAGACAUCAAUUUACGACCGGGGAUUUCACUCUCCAAAAAUGACAAUGAUUAAAGAAUUAACUCUUUAAUUCAUAAUAAUUUAUACCGUCGACGGCGGCGUCGGGACGAAGGACCUUCGCGUCGAUUCGGGACCACCGGAACAAAAGCGGUGGUGGUGACAGUACCAUGUACCAUGCCAGUACCAAUGGUAACCUUUCAUUCCGAACCCUCUCGGAACGGACGGUUAUAGGUGGUGGUGGCGCGAUAAGUGUAACGGUUGCGGGCAUUUAGCAAAUGGGAGGCAGGGGUGAGACGCACAUUCUGGAAAAAGCGCAGAUUUAGGAAAUGAAAAUUUGAAAGAAAAUACUGACAAGCUGAGACAUUUCUUGAGCCGCUGUACCCAAAGAAUCGCGUUAUCAAUGUCAGUAUAUCAACAUGAUAAUGAUCGACAAUUCACCGAUGAUGUAGUGCGUAUUGCAUAUGGCACGGCGCAGCAUAUAGGUGGCGCAAUCCAUAUAUCUUUAGAACUCUAUGUUAUUUAUGUUAAAAUUGAUAAAAAAAAAACAUUUUCAUGCAGCAUUUUGUACGAACUUCCCACUACCCAUAUAGCACAAAACUAGUGUCACUUUUCUGUCAACGUCAAGUACGAUUUGGCUUUGUUCUCUCGCGUUGUUACCCCUUUCACUAUAUGCGUUUGCGUUCCACUCCGAGUGUCGAGUCGUGUUGCAAAAAUGCACCGUGUAAUGAGGAGGAGUGUUUAUGUUUUUUCUACACACUUCAAAUUUUUCGCACUCUCUCUGCUCUGGUCUCUGCUUCCGACUCCGAGUGCCCGAUGCGAGACAUUUCAAUGUGUGUCACACCGGUGUGUUAUAAUAGUAAAUUACAAAUAAUAGAUAACUUGCUUACCAGCAUGCAAAAUUCAAUGCGAGGGAAAAGGGUGUAGAAUUGGGUCUAGUAAAAGGUGGAAAGGGUGCACGACGCAUUUGACGUUUGACUGACGUUUUGUGUGGAGUCCCAGAGCCCUCCGGGAUUGAUCGUUGGUUUCAAUAUCACACCAGGCAGUCGAUCAAUGCGCACCCAAAUAUCGAGUUUCUUCUAUUCAUCGGGAGAAAUGGAGGUUCAUUCUGCGUUUUGAAAUCUAAUUUAUGCCCGAACUGAACCGGAAAGUGAAUUGCAUAUUGACUAUUUAUUUACUGCUACUGGCAUUGACGACCCGUCAUACACCGCACCAAAAGAACCCGCUGAAAUGGGUGCAAAUUAUAGGUGUGGCGGCAGUUGGCUUUCGAAUUUCCUCCAAAUUUGCCAGAGAAAAGGAAGGCGUUCAAGCUAAUGAUUCAAUUUCCGAACGCACGCAUAAAUUAUUGCGUGGUAAAUCCUUGAGAAACUCUGUGGGAAAAUUACCCCAAUCUUCGUCCUCAUCGACCCGGAGAACGAACUGACUGUCAUCAUUCGUUACACAUGCCUAACCUCAAACCUAAUUACGGCUAUUGUCUUUUCCUUGCCCGGAUCGGAUGGAUGCCCCUGCCGCCUAGCCGGGAGGUUAACAAUACGACGAUGGGAUGUGAGUUUUUCGGGUUUCUCGAUAGUUUUAUCCGCUUGCUGCUUCGUUAGGCCCGCUGGGACCGAGAUGUGAAGCAACUGGCGGAAAACCACAACCUUAUUAGUGCCAAAUCUGGAGUAUUCGGUGCACACCAUCUACCGACCAUGUGGCCGUUUCUGAUUUUGUCGAGAUUCCCGUUUUGGGACGGAUUUCUGGUUCAAAGGAUACCGUUGUUCGCACUAAGAAGCGCAAUCCAUUCAAAUGGAAGCAGCUUACAUGCUGUUCAACAGGCCUAAUCCCUUCGAUAAAACCGGCUGCAAGAAAUGCAAAUUUUGCCACUUAAAUACCGAAGGAGGUUGCACACGGGACACAUGAAAGCAAUUUAGGCGUAAUUUUUCAAAAGCGGACCGCUUCAGAACUAGUUUCCGUGUCCCCUAGCAACGUCCGUUUGUUUACCUUUCCGAUCAAUUUCCAAAGGUAACAUUGUUUUUAAAACGUCAACAAACCGCACCCGAUCGGACGGACCACCGAACGGAAGGAAGCGUUGAAGCGUUUCUAGUUUGUUUACGUGCGUCGUUUGUCACCUCGAUCGGAGGUCCGCGUCCCGCUGAGCCUGUUCCGGGCCGCAAGAAACCUGUUCACCGACCGACCGAUCCGAUUUCCACGAUGGGUGUCGAAUUGCUAUUGUUUACCAUGUGCCGACCGCCGACCAAUAGUUGCUGCUAAAUGACAUAAUUUCUUUUCUUUUGUCCCGUUCUAGAGUUUGGUACGAUUCGGAUUCGGGUCGGGUUUCGCAGUAGUUAGGGCGCGGAGGAAGGGUUAAGAACGAAUCAAGUUAUAAAUCACUCGUCCAGUACGAAAGGAGACGGACGAUAAACAACUGUCAAAUCGAUGAGUGCGCUGCCAAACAGUGGGAAACAAUGUACCACUAGCAAUAAAAUAGGGGUUCGACAAUACUGUGCACAAAGCAAGCCAUGAUUGUCGCUUGCAGGGUACAAAGACCUCCGGUAUUGUGCGUUUGUGAGAUACAUUUAAUGCGACCGUGCAAUUUAUGUUUUUGUUGUUUUUUUUUUCAGAUCCGCAAACUGAGAAUGGGAAGACCCGAACCGAAACUUCGCGUAUUCUGCAACCCGAGUGGAGAAAGCAGAAAGUGCAAUACACUGAUACAUACUGAAUGCCUGCAGGCAUAAUGAUGAAAUGGGUGGUGACACGAGGGCCAAGUGGGAAAGACACUGGAAUUGUACCUUCUUAUUUACCCAGUGAUUGCAAUAAAGAAAACCACUAUGACGAUUCCUUCGAAAUGGAGAAUAAUAACUCGAUUAACCAGAACAAGAAUUCAAACUGCUGCAAAACAAUCAAAUAUUUUCCACAGUCAGCAAAACCUGACUCAUGCCUCAAUGAUUUACCAGCCCAUCGUAACAGUUCAACUCCCUUGUCAUCACUAAAUGCGGCAUCCAGCAGACCAAAGAAACUGCGAACCCGCAGGGAACGAAACAAAGCUCUCGUCAAGCGCCUAUCAACUGCAGUCAACAAUAACAUCCUUUUGGAUAUAGUCACUCCUACUAACAGCCCAGUCGUCGAUCCAAUGAAAGACUUCCGUGUAAUCUACCGCGAUGAAAACGACCAAGCAGCAAUCCUACAAAACAUUCUGAACUCGUCCCAGCAAACAUUCAAUGAACGAGAAGUGAAAACUCCCGAUGGGCCAAGUCCCAUCCUGGCAAGUGGAGAAAUAAACCUUCAUCGACAGCGAGCCGUUCGCAGGAAGCACAGCAAACCUUUACCACCGAGGGUGGUUCAUCAUCUGGGUCCUAACGACGACGAUGAGAGUGCUAAUAGCUUGUUCAACAGUUUUGUCUUCCGGGAACUGACGCGGGAUGUGUUGAUUUAGAAAUAAAACUGUAUGUUUACCUAUAUAUGUUUCUAUU